AUGGGACUUGUCAACGUCUUCACCACCGGUGCCAACCUGGUCCUGGCCGUGUCCGCCGUCUUGCCUCUCGCGGUGACCGGUGCAUGCACUAACAUCACGAGGCCCACAAGCGUCGUUCUUCCUCAAGGAAGAAUCACGGGUUUCCGCGAUGAAUCUCACAACUCCGUCUUCCUCGGUAUUCCCUUUGCCGCGACGACGGGUGGAGAGAACAGGUGGCGGGCACCUCAGGAUGUCCCGACGUCGAGCUCAACAUUUGACGCGACUUCCUACGGGCCGACAUGUCCUCAGGCCAUCUCCGGGACGACCUUCAGCCAACAGGGGGAGGACUGUCUGAACCUCAACAUCUGGUCUCCUUCGACCGGAGAGGAUCUGCCUGUCUUUGUAUACAUGUACGGCGGUGCUAUGGUCACGGGAUCCAACAGCAACCCUCAACUGCAAGGCAACAACUUUGCUCGCAAUGGAGUCGUCUACGUCAACUUCAACACCCGCGAGAGCAUCUUCGCCUCCCCGCACUCUGCGGAGUUGAAGGAUGCCAAUCCUGAAGAGUCCCAGAACUUCAGCAUCCUGGACGUCGAGAAGGCCCUUGAUUGGAUCCACGAGAACAUCCGGGCAUUCGGAGGAAACCCUGACCACAUCGUCUUCGGUGGUCAUUCCUCGGGUUCCGUCCAGGUCGACCACUACCUCUGGAACCACCCGGACACUUGGCUCAAGGGCGCCGUGCAGAUGAGCGCCAACGCCGUCUCCGGCCCCGGCUACGCACCCAUCAACGAGGCCCUUGAUGCCGUCGCCACCGAGGUCGGAUGCCCUGCUGGCGGCGACGGCCAGCUCGACUGCCUGCGCAAGGUCGACCUCUACGCGUUCCAGACCGCCAACUUCAACUCGACCUUCAACACCUGGUUCACUCCCAUCAUCGACAACCUCACGCGCCACUCCGACUACGCCUCCCGCUUCGCCGCCGGCAAGUACGCCUCCCACGUCCCCCUCCUGACCGGCACCUCAAACGGCGAGGGCACCAUCUUCAGCAUCGUCUACGGCGCCGAGAACACCAACUUCAGCUCUUGGAUCAACACCUUCGACGCCGACAGCGCCCACAUCGAGGACUCCGUCCUGAUCGAGGCCUACAACGCCUCCGACUUCGAGACCGAGUCUCUGCGCAGCGGUGCCCAGUAUGGCGAUGCCCGCUUCAACUGCGCCGUCGACUACCUCCAAGACCUCCGCAGCGCUGCCCAGGAUACCUGGGUCUACCGCUUCUUCGGCGCCUACGACAACGUCGUCGGCCCUCCCAACACGGCGCCCACGCACGGCACCGAGGUUCCCUUCUUCCACGGCGGCAACGAGUGCUUCUCUGCGCUUUCGGGCGUGACCGAAGAGCAGCAAGCGCUCGCUGACUCCAUCCACCAGUGGUUUGUCGAGUGGAUCAAGGACCCCGCGGCCGGGCCCGGAUGGGACAAGGUUGCCCCCGAGUCCGGUCCCCUAGUGAAGCUGGGAGUUCCCGGCGACGAGCUGUCUUUGAUCAAGGCCUCCACGGAUGAGUUCAAUGCUCGCUGCCAAGCUGUUUACAAGCCUGCUUACCCUAAAUAUCCCGUGAUUCAGUCUGUUGCGGAUUUGGUGAAGAAGUUGCUUCAAUAA